ACUAACGUCAUGCAUGACUUUGACCACAGAAUCUCCGUGUGCAAACACACCAACUAGAGGAUUCAAUGCUCCUGUCACACAUGAAGCAGAAACUAUCUAUGGUGUUUCUCGUGUACAGGACGUUCUGAUCAGCUCAUUAAGGGAUGAGACCCGGGAUUCAUGGCAUCUCUGGAGACCCCAGGCGACCUGCUUUUCUGCACUGAUCGUGGGACUGACCGCUGCCUGACCAUUGACUGCUGCUUUACCAACAAGAGUCUCUCAGGUGGGACCCUGAUCAGUGGAGAUGGACGAUUUCACGACGUCUCUAAUGAUUUCUCUGCUUUUCAGAUGCUCCGAUCAGUGGCUAUAUUAAGGCUUUGAAUAAGGUCAGCAAUUAAUAGCUUUAUUCUCAGCAUCAUAUCCCAGUGACAAGAGAGCUGCAUGUGCCUUUGAUGAAGGGGGAAAGCAGAGGACAGUGGGCUUAAAUUUCUAAAUGUAGUGUGCACUGCUAAAAGUUCAAAUCUGGUGCAAAUAUGUCUGAAAACCCUGAAGACCCCCUGGUAUUGUUGGAGAUCCUGGAGGUGUUAGGCGCAUGCCAUGAGAGCGUGCUGUAUCCAGACAUUUGCGUCUAUCUGAGUGGAAGCUUCAGCCUGCAGCCGCUUCUAGAAUUACGGAGUCUCUUAUACUCCACCGCAUGUAGAGACCCCUGCUUCCCCACCACCCUCUUCCGAGAGCGCCUACACCCGCCCUGCAGUAGCCGGCUCUCAGCAGCCGCUGAUGUAGUCUCACUGUUCAACCUCCUCAUGCACACCCGCAUGGCUCCUUCAUACACUCAGAACCGUCAGUCGCUGACGCCCUGUCAGAUCUGUGGGAAGGGAUUUGUGCGUUACCACUGGCCGGCCGCCUUACCCGUCACAGUAGGAGGGACCACCUCUGAGGAAUGUAAAUAUGAGAACCUCCCUUGUGAAGCAUUCAGUCAUAACACAGAGGUUUCACACGCUUGGACCACCUCCGCAUUGAUUGCUCAGUCUCACUCACUCAUGCACAACCAAGGCAGGAUGCAGAACGAGCAUUCUGGGGACGUUUCCAGCGAUACGGUCAAUCAGCUGGCAGUCAAGACCUCGGCGACCAAUCAGGGAGCCUGCGUCGCUCGUUCCUGCUCUCAGAGGAGGAGUGCCUUUAAAGAAGGGAUCCACAACGAAACACUUAUGUCCACGGAAGGUGACGCCCAAUCAGAUCAAAGCCCAGACGGACCAAGAUCGGAUGGUGAGGACCUGCUUUACAUUACCCAGAAGAACCCCUAUCCAGACCCCACAACAUACGCAAACGACCACCACGUGUGCAACUCGCCAUCACACACGCAAUGUCUGCAUGACCAUUUGUACGCUCACUCAAAUGCACCUGAACCAGAUGCACAUGCUGGCAAUGCGCAAUCGUAUGCUGACGCCACAGACCCGUAUGAUCCUCAGAUUCAGUGGCAUCAGGCGAAGCAGGAGAGUUUGGAUAAGCUCCAGGCGUCCACAUACUUCGGCCCUACAGUCUCCAUCGAAAAGCACCAAACUCCGGUCCUUCAAGUCAAGAGCCACAGCUUGGACAUCGACAGCAGGACGGCGGAUGAAAGACCUGAGCCUGAAACGACUGGGCUGCAGAAACCCAGAUCAGAGCGGUCUGUUUUAGAGAAGUCUGGUUUACGAAAACCAGUUAAAAUUAGCUUUGACGGGUCAAGCUUUGACCUUCCCGGCUUUGAUCCUCACAUCGUCAACUCGGUGCGGGAUACCUUCAAGCGGCUGAGCGGCAUGAGUUUGGAUGCGUGGUACGAUUGGUCACCGAGCUUUGAUGGCGGGGUUAGCGUUGGCACCCAGACGGAAGCUGCAGAUCGGCGUGCUUUACGAAGCCUCAUGCUUGGCGACAAACUUUCCAUUGACAACCCUGACAUCGGCGAGGACGACAUUAGUGCCAUCUUCCGUUUCCUAGAUGACAUUAGCAUGUGUGGCUCCAUGGCAGUGUUGCCAGGGGAAGGAGGCGGGGCCCAGGAAGGGGGCGGGGCUGGGCUGCCAGAGAGGCGUGAACGUUUGGGAAAGUUACGGAAGUUAUUUCACUCCUUGGAGGCACCUGAGGAGGGCGUGAGAUGGGGUGUGGGACGCCUGCUCCAACGGGUCGCGGAGCUGGAGCAACAGCUAGAGCCGAUCUCAGAACUACGUGAGCAACUGGCCCUUGUGCUCUCUACACUGGACCGACUGGAGCAACGGGAGCAGGCCGCAUGCCCUCACUCGCAUCAAAUGAUCAUACAUCCACAGCUCGCAGCACGGCCUAACAUACAGCAACAGCAGGGGUCCCCGAGGACCAAUCCAGGAAUGGAGGGCGUCAAUGAGGCAGCGGCAAAGCGCAGACGUCUGUUUAUACGCAGGGCCUCCAGGAGCCACACGGAGAGCAGCGGGUCUGAAGCCCACAGAGAGUGGAGCAUCAGCUUCAGCAAGGAGCCACACGUACAGCCUGCUAAGUCAGAUCAUUUAGGUGGAGUGUAUAAAAGAGAGGUCCCCGUAGUGCAGGAAGUGACGGGUUUUCACCUCGUGCCACCUGAGACCCAGAAUGCACCACGCCGCACAUCAGUCCAGAGCACUUCCCAGCAUCUGCUUGACCGCCCCAAAAUGACCUGGAGCCAAUCUGACUUAACGCCUCUGGACCUUCAGCCCCCCGAGUCUUUGGAGUUCUGGACGGACGAGAUUAAUACGCCAGCCUCCGACACGCUCCUGCGACGUUCGUAUUCGUACACCCGUUGCAACAGAAACCAGGCGUACCGCAUCGCUGCCCUCAGCAUCACUGCCACCAUUAUCCUCAUCCUCAUCGUCGUCAUUCCAAUCAGCACCGUGUAAUGUACAUGCAGUCACAUGACAUGCCUAAAGCUACUCUGAAUGGUACAAUACGUGUUUAUUAGAUAAUAGUAUAAAGGUUUGAAUGAAAGCAUGAUUUCUUCAUGAAGCCAAUUCAACAAGCAUGGCAGAUUGUAAAACCUAUGCAAAAUAGGCUUCAUUCUAAAAAACUUUCCAUUGGCCUUUUUGGAGUUUCCCUACCUUUAGGUUUGUUUUUGAAUUGAAGCACAUUCUCCAUUAAAUGCUCAUUCAGCAGUUUAUGGAUUCAGGACAUUCCGGUAUACCCUCUUUGUUGACGGAUAUUGGGGAGUUCCUGUUAGUCUAAUGUGAUUCUGCUGAAACCUGAAACGGGCAUCCGCUUUCUCCACAGCAGCACACGAUUCUCUACAACCACACCUCUGCUUUCUCUCUCCAUUUAAAUGCUAGAAAAAUCCAUUCAUAGCGGCAAAUUCACAUGCAACUGCUAUUUAAAUCUGCUAAAUGUCCCCAUAUGUGUCGGAAAUGCUGAUGUAUGAGUGAUACGUCUUAUCUCUGGUUUUGUUUGAUGCAUUUUGUAUAUGACCUGAUUUUGUGGUGAACUCGAUCACAACCAAAAUAGUGCAACAAAAUGUAAUACCCUCCCUCACAAAAGCUUAAAAGACAAGGAAAAUGAGCCUCCAGAGAUCCAGAAUGGAUGCAUGAUGCUGGAUCGAUACCAGCACACAUUUUCAAUUUGCUGAACAACAGCACUAAACUUUUAAUGGGCUGUGAUGGGACUGAGUGAGUUAGUGCGGGAGGGGAGAGACCAAGAGAAAGUGUUUGUCCUCUUUUAUUGAGCCAGAAGGAGCCCUAUACUUCUGUCUGCUGCAGCUGAUUAAUGAGAAAAGCCUCUGAUUUGCUCAGGUAAAAGAGUUUCCAAUAGGAAUGAAUCAUAUUUUAACUUCAGCCAACUUGCAGUUUGAUCUAAGAUACUGUAAUUCAUCUGGCACCACUUGUACGGACUACAGAAUACCUCAAAUCGUGCUAUUACUUCUCUAAAUGAUUGGAUUUACGAUGAAGGAUUGAUCUAUGCCAUAAAGGGGCGAGUAUAUCACAUGCCAGGAAACAACCACCUAGCAACCACCCAGAACACCUUAGCAACGCUUUUGCGACCAUGCACAACAACAACCACAUAGCAAGUCUUAGCAAUGCUUUCUAUACAGCACAUAACUAUCUGAAUACUGCAAUAUGAAGACAAUUGAAUGAGAUGUCCUAUUUUAAGGAGGCAAUGUUGGAAAAGUUUUGACUUCAUGAUUUUGGCUGAUGUUUUUUUGUCUUCCUCUUGUUCUUUAGAAAUAGCCUAUUGGUUUAUCUUCAGAAUCAUUUUUUUGUUACAUUUAUAGCAAUUGUUUUUCAUUCUAUGAUUGUAUGAACACCUUUACAUCUCUUGAUAGGGAGUCCUUAUUUUUCAGGGCACCUUUGACUGAAUAUAUAUACCUUUGUCUCUCAUUUUGUCUUCAUAAAGCUGGUUUUGAUUAUUCAACGGGACCAUGUCUUGCGUGUUGUUUCUUCCAGCAGUUAAACAAGCUUACAGGUGCAUAGAAAGCAGGUGGAUCAUGACAGGGGUAAUAUUUGAUUGAAAUGAUUUGUUCUGCAAUAAUAUCAGCAACUUUUGCACAUUGCUACACUGCUGUUUGCUGCUUUUCACAUUGGAGUUUUAAUAUUUCAGAGCACAGCUCUCAUAAACGUGAAUUAUCUAUUUAUGAUCUGUCAAUUCCGUUAUUGACGUAAAAGCACUUAACCGCACUUACACACAUAGCUCAAAUGAGCCUUCCUUCUAAUGUAGUUUAUCUAAAAUCUCCACUGCCUUUUUCUCUCUGCAUACAGUAUACAUUGUAAAAGUGAUUUGGAUAUCUGACAAUGCUGCAAGAUACAUUAUAUAGCAUACAUAUUGAUGCCUUUGAAAAGUGACCUAAUUUAUUUAGAAAAU